CUCCGCCCUCUCGAUACAGGAAUUGUUAAAGGUGUCACUAGAUACUAAUUCUAAAUCUUCCCAUACUUUUCCCAGCAAUUAUAGUGAAUGUUGGCUCAGUGUAUUAAAAUGUGAAAUGAUCCAGUACACUGUUUGGGGGCUAUCUGUUUAUCCAGAAUUCUUUAUUAAUAGGACUUAGAUGAAGCUCAUAGCACAUUGUAGAUUAUGACACUGCAGGAGUACAGUAUUCUAAAGAGUUCACAAACUUUCCCUCACCACUGUAGAUAUAAAACUGGGGAAUUCCACAUUUUUCCCAGCCAUAUUAAUGUAGUGGGGCUAAGUCAUACAUCUAAUUACAAUGAAAGCAUUACAAGCUGGCAUUAGCACCACCGGGCUUUUCUGUGUAAUUUUCUGCCUUUUGUAUUUUCGUCUGAUGACUAUCACUGUCUGAUAUCUGCUUGAUCUACUUUAGAAAAAUGUGGGAAAACCAACACGGUGAUCAGAGGAAAGUUUAAGCAGGUGGAACAGCCAGCAGUCCUCACACAGGAACUUCAGAGAGACAUUGCGUUCAAUUACUGGUUAAAAAAAUAGAUUGAAAAAGAAAUUCACCACAAUUCAGACAAUUGAAAGUUUAUAGAGACAGAAAAGAAUCUAGAUUUAUCUAAAGAUUUGCCUGAAAAAAUAGCACACAACGAAUGUAUCGAAGCCAAAAGGUGGACUUUGUGUCCUCAUUUAAGAUUCGUUAAAGUUUUCUCCACAAAGAUCUCAAAGGGUUAGUUGUCUCUAAGGUCAAUCAAGCAUGAUUCAGUACAAAAAGAACAGGGCUUCUAGACUAAUGUGUUAAAACUCUGAAUGGCCCAAAUAUCUUUCUAACAAUAGAGCAGCAAACCUUAAAAGUGUCAUAAAGAAAUUUCUGGGAUAUUUCUUUGUAAUAUUGAUUAUGAGGUUGGUUCAUGAUUGGUUCAGGUUCCAAACUGGAUCAGUUAUAAGACUUUAUAAGUUAGAUCCAACCUAAAGUAUUGGUUUUAUCAAUGAAUAGGCCACUGUUACCCUAUAAAAGUUUAAUUAUAAUUUUUUGUAGACUUUCAGUCCUGAUGGUCGUUGGCUAAUAACUGCAUCUAUGGACUGUACCAUUAGGACUUGGGAUCUACCAUCUGGAUGCCUGGUUGAUUGUUUCCUAUUAGAUUCAGCAGCAGUAAGCAUUACUAUGUCUCCUACUGGAGAUUUCCUUGCUUCCUGUCAUGUAGAUGAUCUUGGAAUUUACUUGUGGUCUAACCGUUCCCUGUUUUCACUUGUCUCCUUGCGCCCUCUUCCAUCUGAUUAUGAGCCUUCUGUUGUAACACUUCCUGGUACCUGUUCAACUCAAGCUGAAGAUGUUACAGAAGAGGAUGAAACAAAUGAUGAAAUGAUACAAUAUGAUUCUCCACAGCAGCUGGGAGAAACAAUUGUGACUCUUUCUUUGCUGCCAGAAUCUAGAUGGAAAAACUUGCUCAGUCUAGAUAUUAUUAAG